GCAGCCAAGGAAAUCUUUCCCUUCAACUCAAACUGAUUUUUCAGUACAAGAUAUGAAAGAGAUUAUGCAGCAAAUGAUGCUCCAUCAACAACAACUUUCACUGCAAUGUACACAUUCAAUUCAGCAACAACAGCGGACUGAUGCAGCAUUGCAAAAUAUUGAAAGACAAGUAAGUCAACUGGUUUCUGCACAGGGACAAACUCAAUUACAGACCCCAAGCCAGUUGCCGUCCCAAACUAUUCCAAAUCCAAGAGGAAAUGUGAGUGCUAUCACUCUACGGAAUGGAAAAAAUGUUUCUGAGAAUAAACAGGAAGAUUCAGCUGAGCGUUCAAGAGAUUUGGAUUCAAAUUUGCAGAUUAAAUUUGGUUCUGUUCCUAAACCCGUUGCAGUGCAGAUUCCAGUGGAGGAACAGAAGCAGACAGAGAUUCUGUUACCAUUUCCUCAAAGGUUGGUAAAACCUGGGAAGGGUAAGGUUAUCGAAAAGUCUAGAGAAUUUCAAGAGAUGAUGGAAAUUUUUAGUAGAGUGGAAGUAAACAUCCCUCUACUGAAAGCAAUCAAACACAUUCCAAAGUAUGCAAAAUUUCUGAAGGAUCUAUGUGUUAAUAAGAAGAAGCUUAAGGGUGAUGAGCUGGUUAGUGCAGGGGAAAGUGUUUCUGCAUUAUUUCAGGCUAUGCCACAAAAAUGCAGGGAUCCGGGAGUUUUUACUAUUCCGUGUAAAAUUGGAGAAAACUGUUUUGAAGAUGCUAUGGUGGAUCUUGGGGCAUCCAUUAAUGUAAUGCCGAAAGCAGUGUUUCAGGCUCUUGGAAUUGGUCCUCUUCAGCCAACAGGAGUUGUGAUCCAAUUGGCAAAUCGAAGUUUUGCUCAUCCAGUAGGAGUGAUUGAAGAUGUGCUGGUUAAGGUCAAGGAAUUGAUUUUUCCUGCAGAUUUUUAUGUUUUAGAUAUGGAAGGUGAUGCAUUAUCAAGUCAUGUGCCAAUUAUUUUGGGAAGACCAUUUUUGAAGACAGCAAAGACUAAAAUUGAUGUUCAUGCUGGAACUUUGUCAAUGGAAUUUGGUGGAACUGUAGUGCAGUAUAAUAUUUUGGAUGCUAUGAAAUAUCCAGUAGAGGAUCAUUCUUUGUUAAGUAUAGAUUUGUUUGAUGAAUUAGAAGACAGGUUAGAUGGUUACUUACUGGAAUGUGCUGUUCUUUUUAAUGAUUUUGGACAUGAUCUGAGUACAGAAUGCAGAGAUAGUUUGGAUCAGUGUGUUCCAGAGACAAAGGACUAUGAGGAAGUUUGUGUACCUGAGGUCGAAUCUGGAAAAACACUUCCUUCUGUUUUGCAGCCACCAAAGCUGGAGUUGAAAGUUCUUCCGAGCCAUUUGAAAUAUGCUUACUUAAGGAAGGAUGAACAACUGCCAGUUAUUAUUUCCAAAGAUCUGGAUGCUGUACAGGAAGAGAAAUUGCUAAGGGUUUUGAGGCACAAUCAGAAGGCGAUUGGGUGGACUCUCGCAGAUUUGACGGGAAUCAGCUCUUCUAUCUGUACACAUAGGAUCUUGUUGGAGGAUGAUGCUAAACCUGUACGACAACCACAAAGGAGGCUUAACCCGAUUAUUCUUGAUGUGGUUAAAAAAGAAGUUGUGAAGUUGUUGCAAGCUGAGAUUAUCUAUCCUAUUUCGGGCAGCAAGUGGGUAAGUCCGGUGCAGGUGGUGCCUAAAAAAUCAGGAAUUACUGUGGUGGCAAAUGAGGGGAAUGAAUUGAUUCCUACAAGGGUACAAAAUAGUUGGAGAGUGUGUAUUGACUAUAGGAGACUUAAUCAAUCAACAAGGAAGGAUCAUUUCCCAUUACCCUUUAUUGAUCAGAUGUUGGAGAGGUUAGCAGGGAAGACACAUUAUUGUUUUUUGGAUGGAUAUUCAGGAUAUUUUCAGAUUUGUAUAGCACCUGAAGAUCAAGAGAAGACCACUUUUACAUGCCCUUUUGGGACUUUCGCUUAUAGAAGGAUGCCGUUUGGACUGUGUAAUGCCCCAGGUACAUUUCAAAGGUGCAUGGUAAGUAUCUUUGCGGAUCUUCUUGAGCAUUGCAUGGAGGUUUUUAUGGACGAUUUUACUGUUUACGGUUCUUCAUUUGAUGCAUGUUUGGAUAGUUUGUCUUGUGUUUUGCAUAGAUGUGUAGAAAAGAAUUUGGUUUUGAAUUUUGAAAAGUGUCAUUUCAUGGUUCAGCAUGGUAUAGUUUUGGGUCAUAUUGUUUCUGAAAAAGGUAUUGAGGUGGAUCCAGCUAAGAUUAGUGUGAUUGUUGCUUUAUCAUAUCCCACAUGUGUGCGGGAGGUUCGUUCUUUUCUUGGGCAUGCAGGUUUUUAUAGAAGAUUUAUCAAAGAUUUUAGUAUUAUUGCUUUACCUUUGUCACGGUUGUUGCAGAAGGAUGUAGAGUUUGUGUUUGAUGAAAGAUGCAAGGAAGCUUUUGAUAGACUCAGGGAAGCUCUUAUUUCUUCUCCUAUUAUGUGUGCCCCUAAUUGGUUGUUACCUUUUGAACUUAUGUGUGACGCUUCUAAUUUUGCAGUUGGAGCGGUUCUAGCUCAAAGGGUUAAUGGAGCGCCUCAUGUUAUUAGCUAUGCAUCAAAAACAUUGGAUUCUGCUCAAAGCAACUAUACAACAACUGACUCUCAAGUUUCUUCUCAAGAAAAAAGAUGCAAAGCCUCGAUUGAUUCGUUGGAUGCUCCUACUUCAAGAAUUUGACAUUGAAAUACGAGAUAGGAGUGGGAAAGAGAACUUGGUGGCGGACCAUUUGAGUAGGAUUGGUAGUGAUAUGGAUACUAUACCAAUUGUAGAUGUAUUUCCUGAUGAACAUCUUUUCCGGCUACAAGGUAGGUUGCCAUGGUAUGCUGAUCUUGUCAAUUAUUUGGUUGCUGGUGUCUUUCCUGUGCAUUUUUCAAGAAUUCAAUGUGAUAAACUUAAGAGUGAUGCAAAGUAUUAUGUGUGGGAUGACCCUUACCUUUGGAAAUUUGGUAGUGAUCAAGUGAUAAGGAGAUGUGUAUCUGAUGAUGAAUUUCAAUCUAUACUUUCCUUUUGUCAUUCACU